AUGCUACUAAGACGGUCCACGGAACGAAUUCUACCGAACCGCAUAUCAUUUCUAGCUUCGACGACGCAAGCUCGAAAAUUUUCGCUUGACCACAAUGCAAUCAUAACUACAUUCACCCACUCGUUCCAAUCGAUCCACGAAGUGACCCACUUGCCAUGGUGGGCCCUCAUCCCCAUAACAACGUUCGCCUUGCGAUCAGCAUGGACGUUGCCGCUCGCACUUAUCCAACGCCAGCGGAUCCAAAGGCAAAGCGAGCUCAAGCCGAUCGUGUCCGCCAUGGGCCCCGUGCUCCGGAUGAACCUCGCUAAAAAAGCCCAAGAGGCCAAACACAUGCAAGAGCAGCCCACGACGUCCCCCUCCGUCGUCGCUACACAAUCGCCGUUGGCGAACAUGACCUACGAGCAGAUCCUCCUCUUGAGCGCUAAGGAGGUGCGCAAGCGUCAGAAACAGCUCUUCCAAAAGCAUGGGGUUCAGAUAUGGAAAAACUUCAUGUUGCCAGCGGCGCAGAUCCCGCUUUGGAUCAUCAUGUCGCUCACGAUGCGCGACCUCAGCGGAUGGUCCUCAUGGGACAACAUCCAUAAUAAACCCCUCGAUCCAAGUUUGAGCACCGAGGGCAUAUUGUGGUUCCAGGACUUGACCGUAGCCGACUCGCUUCACGUGUUCCCCGUGAUACUCGGCGUGGUUUCGUUGUGCAAUGUCGAAUGGACGUUCAAGACUUUGGAAAUGGCGCGGUUGACGCAGAGGUUGAAGUUUAGGCCUACCUUGACUGACGCAGUGGCCAAUUUCUCCCGGCUUUCGAUUGUGUUCAUGAUGGCGAUUUCGGUGCAUGCGCCAGCGGCGUUGACUUUGUACUGGUUGAGCUCGCAGUUUUAUUCGCUUGUCCAGAACGUGGUCCUUGAUUCGAAGUUCCCCAUUUCCUAUACGCCAAAGAAGAGGUUCAGUAGAGAAACUUCCGAUGAUGAGUAG